CUUCCGGCCUCGGAGGCCAGCGGCGGCGACAGUUGUGAACUGCUGCGCGCCAGGGUCCCGCGGGUUUUCGGGCGCAGGCUGGCACCUGCGGCUGACGGCGGCCAUGAACUUCUCCGAGGUGUUCAAGCUCUCUGGCUUGCUCUGCAAAUUCUCCCCGGACGGCAAGUACCUGGCUUCCUGUGUCCAGUACCGAUUAGUGGUCCGGGAUGUGAACACCCUUCAGAUUGUGCAGCUGUACACGUGCCUAGACCAGAUCCAGCACAUCGAGUGGUCAGCCGACUCGCUCUUCAUCCUGUGCGCCAUGUACAAGCGAGGGCUGGUGCAGGUCUGGUCUUUAGAGCAGCCCGAAUGGCACUGCAAAAUAGACGAGGGCUCGGCAGGGCUGGUGGCCUCGUGCUGGAGUCCGGACGGGCGCCACAUUCUCAACACGACGGAAUUCCAUCUGCGGAUAACCGUCUGGUCGCUGUGCACAAAAUCCGUAUCUUACAUCAAAUAUCCAAAAGCUUGUCUGCAGGGGACCACCUUCACCAGGGACGGCCGCUACAUGGCGCUGGCGGAACGGCGCGACUGCAAAGAUUACGUGAGCAUCUUCGUCUGCAGUGACUGGCAGCUCCUGCGGCAUUUUGAUACAGACACCCAGGACCUCACAGGGAUCGAGUGGGCCCCAAACGGCUGUGUGCUGGCAGUGUGGGACACCUGCUUGGAGUACAAGAUUCUGCUGUACUCCUUGGACGGCCGGUUGUUGUCCGCAUACAGUGCCUAUGAGUGGUCCCUGGGCAUCAAGUCUGUGGCCUGGAGCCCCAGCAGUCAGUUCCUGGCAGUUGGGAGCUACGACGGAAAGGUGCGCAUCCUUAAUCAUGUGACGUGGAAAAUGAUCACGGAGUUUGAGCAUCCUGCAGCCAUUAAUAAUCCCAAGAUAGUGAUGUAUAAGGAGGCCGAGAAGAGCCCGCAGCUGGGGUUGGGCUGCCUCUCCUUCCCGCCCCCCCGGGCGGGGGCUGGCCCUCUCCCGACCCCGGAGAGUAAAUAUGAGAUCGCCUCAGUCCCAGUCUCCUUACAGACGCUGAAACCUGUCACCGACAGAGCAAACCCGAAAAUCGGCGUAGGAAUGCUGGCAUUCAGUCCUGACAGCUACUUCCUGGCGACAAGGAACGACAACAUCCCCAAUGCCGUCUGGGUCUGGGACAUUCAGAAGUUGAGGCUGUUUGCGGUGCUGGAGCAGCUGUCCCCGGUGCGUGCGUUUCAGUGGGACCCGCAGCAGCCGCGGCUGGCCAUCUGCACGGGCGGCAGCAGGGUCUACCUGUGGUCCCCAGCGGGCUGCCUGUCAGUGCAGGUGCCUGGUGAAGGUGACUUUGCCGUGCUUUCUCUAUGCUGGCAUUUAAGCGGAGACUCGAUGGCCCUCCUCAGCAAGGACCACUUCUGCCUCUGCUUCCUGGAGACCGUGGCGGCAGUUGGCACAGCCUGCAGACAGCUGGGCGGCCACACGUAGCAGCGGUGUCCUGACGUGUGUGCAGGAACGGGGCGCUCUGUGCAUUUCCCGUGUGGGAGAAAACGGCUUCUCGGCGAAGUUCUCCACCUGAGAUGGGCCGGACUCAGUGAUCUGAUUCUAUUUUUCUAUAGCAAAGCAUUUUUGUAAAUAUGUAUAAAACUGUAGUUUUUACUAUUUAAAAUAAAUAUUUGCUGAAUUCAUACAGCUA